AUACAAAGAAAAAUUAUGUCAGACUUCAUAUAAAAAUCUAUUCUCUCCGUUUUAAGCUGUCGCGCCGAGUUGUUUAUUUGAUCGAUUACAGAAGAGAUCAAUUUUUCCAAUGAAGUCCUCGAUCGCUAAAGUAGCGGCAGUCUUGGCAGUCAUUACCCUUUUUGUUCCUACUGUGUACUGUGACGAGGCAAGACAAUGCCCUCACUCUGCAUGCGGUCCGCCGAAAGCCUGUGAAUUGCAGGAUAAACUGAUAUAUCACCAGACUAUGACGCCCGCUUGGCUUGAAGGCUUCGCUUCUUACAUUGACAGCUCACAUUCUACAACCGCAGAUCUUAUCACUUUCAACGCGGGCAAAGUAUCCAAUGCUGCACUGCUUAAGAUUCCAUUAAUCGCUUCCGACAUCUUGACAGACUGUGUACCGCUGACUGUUGAGAUCACCGUCGCCAAUGACGUCAGAAUUGGUGGACGAGGUUACGACAGUGAUAUAAGGUAUGGCUUGUCGGAUGGCAUCAAUUUUAUUGGAUUCGAAGCGCCAGACAGAAGGACGUACGCGAGUCAGUCUCCUUGUUAUGGAAUUGAAGGAACAUCUGGCAAAUUCCUGAAGAAAAUCAAUUACAAAAACACCAAGUUCCCUAAAGUCAACAAGUAUUCAUACUACCCCGGUCGAUUCUUGUUCACAUUCAAGUUGGAUCAGCGAUGGGGUUCUUGUUACACCGCACAGGACCAUGGCUUUGAGAAGACCACUGGCUACAUAAACCGACUAAAAGUCAGUAAGGGGCUCACUCUGGAGGUUUACAAGACUGAUAAAAAUGAGAGGGUUGGGAUCAAGUUUAUCAAGGUGGCCAUCACGCAGGACUCGUCAUGUAGUCUGUAAUGAAUAGUUGCCUAACGUGGCACCGGCAGUUCACCAACAUUCUCCUUAACUGAUUGGACUAAUUGGAAAAAUAGUAGAAUUAAAGACUCGCCUCAUGGUGUCACAUUAGUAAUUAAGCAUUGAUAAGAAUUCAUUUUGCCAUGUAUAGAUGACCGCAUGAGACUGGCGUUUAAAGAAUAUACUUUGUUCGUGGUUUCCCAAAGAUGCCAUGAUAUCAAAUAUCAAAUCAGUGUCACUUGUACGGAAAGUUUCUCUUAAAAAUAUUCUUUAACGUGUUAUUCAUUAUUCAACAAGUUAUAAGAUUAACUUGUUCGGCAUCAAUGAGUCUGCCAAGAUGGCCGUCAUUUUAUACUCUUGCGCAAACUAGCAUUAAAAUGUGACGAAAAGGGA